CUCAACGCUGAGCGACUGUUCAACCGCUAAAUUUAAUUCAGUUUCAGUCAGGAUCGACUUCCUACGAUGCUCGUGUUCGCGCAUGCGCAGUAGAUCGCCGAAAGUAUCGCUGAUCGGAGAGAACGAGGCGCAGAUGAACGGCUCGAUCGACGGCGCGAGACGCGAUGAGGUAUAAUGUAAUCAUCCAUAACCAGUAAAGACAUAGAUGAAGUGUUGGCUCUUUGACAUUUCAUGAAAUCCAAGCUAUCGUAACAUUGUGAGAUGAAAUGAACACCUCAGACUUCUUUGGACUAGAAGUCGUUUUUCCUAUUUAAAAAUGUGAGUUAGAGAUUCAAUAUCCAAACUCUUCCUGGGAUGACUCCAAGUCAAAACCAUUGGUCUCACAAAUCUACUAGUAAAAUAGAGUCCUCGAGGCCAGAGGAAAAGAUCAGAUAUGACGGAUGAGCUGAACAUGGCGUCAGCUGAACCGGAGACGAUGAACCCGCAAGAGACUGUGCCGGCCCUCUUGAGUGAGAAUCAUCUGAAUGGAGCAGAUGUUGCUACCGCCGUUGAGGAUACUGAGUGGGACAACAUGCCUGGAAUAGUGACGGUUGAGUUGCCACCUGAUUGGCUGAAGCCAAUGGAAGAGGAUGAAGAUGGUGUUGAGGGUGUCCGGAGCAUUCCGAAAGUAAAACGACGCAGAGGUCGGCCUCCGAAUGCCAAAAAUGUUAGACAAGGACUUACUCGUUUAGAUUUCAAGAAAGGAAGACGCAUGGAUCGCACUCGGAGAACUAAGAGUGUUCUUUCCCAGUUGGAAAUUACCAAACGUUCAAGUCUCUCAUCAAGAACAGCCACUCCCCGCCCAGACCCAACCCACACGCCUAAAGUUUUACCCAGAACAAUCCAGAGCAUCAUUCACAGCUCGACAUCCACACCCCAGAGCCCCCAAGGACCCCGACUCACCCCCUGCUCACCCGCAGGAGUCCGCAGCCUCUCCAACACACCCAACGCAGAGUUUAACAGCCCACCGCGCCUCACGAGAGUCUCGCCGCUCAAUAUCGACACAUCCAGGACACGGGAUUUCAUCCACUCUCCUUCAGUAAAAGUGGGGAAUGUUUCCCAACAGUUCAUCAGUUCCUCUAGCGAACCUGGGAAAGACGGCUCUGAGCUGCCCCUUCGACUCUGGCUUUAUCCAUCUCUAGAGCCCAUUAGCCCUACAAAAACUCAGGAUGAUUUCAUCUCAGAUCAUGUAUUUUCGCCAGAUUUUCCAGAUUCUAGGCUUAAUGGAACAAUGGGGCUGAAGGAAAGCCAUCCAGUGCUCAGUAAAUGUGAAAACUGUGGCUCCCCAUUUUCUGCUCAGAAGCCUGGAGACACGUUGUGCUUCAGAUGUAGGCCCAAAUCAGAGAAGAAGUACUCUCCUCCAAACAUUGUGUUCAGGAAGGUGGGGCAGGAUCAGUGGGAGGUUGGGAAAACAAAACAUCCAAGAAAACAAAUACUGAAACCACAUCCCAAAUACAAGAAAAUUGACACAAAGGAUUUUGUCCCUGAUGGUGGUGAUGAUGAGGAUUGGGCUCAAAAGAAACGGAGUCGCAGAAUGUGUCGGCAGUGUGACGCGUGUCUUCGUGAAGACGACUGUGGCAUAUGCGACUUCUGCAUGGACAAGCCCAAGUAUGGUGGCAGUAACAAGAAAAGGCAGAAAUGUCGCUUACGACAGUGCAAGUUUGAGUCAAAGCUUCAUGGUGCAAAUAGAAAGCAGAGUCCGUCCCUUUCACGAAGAAGAGGAAACAUGAAACCCAAACUCAAGAGGCGUGGGAGAUCAACAAAAAAGCGGAGAUUUAGAAGCAAACCCUGGGAGGAUGAUGACGAUGACGACGAUGAUGAUGACGAAGAUGAAAUGUCUGAAAAGGACAAUGACGAAGACGAAGGGCGACCGUUUAAAAUGAACGGCUCCAAGGCCAGAGGAAAGAAGAAAUGGAAUUACAGUUUUAAGGAAGAGGACGACGACAUGUUCAUUGAGGCCGUGAUCGAGGAUGACGAACCAUCCAACGUAGAGGAGGAUCCUGAUAUUUUGGACAAUGAGAGAUCAAUGAUGGCGUCUAAUGUGAUGUACUCCAACACCUCUGGACUCGGUGCUCAGGGAUUAUACUACAACAUGCCGGUGGCGCCUCAUAUGCUUGGAUCAGUACCUAUGUGCAACAACAAUCAGAUGCCGCUGGGUGAGGUCAUCGGUUCUUUGCCGAUGGGGGAUGAUGCGACUCAGAAUGGUUUUCUUCAGAUUGAGAUGGUGAGAGUGGGGUCACCACCAUCACAUUUCACUGAAGAACCGCAGAACACACAACAACACAUGCUAGAACAUCAACAGGAGGCCACGCCGAUGAUCACUCAGAUCUUCAGUCUGGCGGCAGCAGAAAGCGACUGUGACCGAGACCAAGGCCUGAUGGAGCUGUUCACCAUCCUAGGCCAGACCGUGCUGCCCGCUCACUGGGUGUGUGUCAUGGCCAAAGGCCCCGUCCUCCAGCUCCUGCAGUGCUCCAAGCUCUCCACCAUGGCUGACACCAUCGUCCAGAUCGAGAAGGGCUUCUUCUACCAGGUCAGCGUUCAGAACCAGCCUCUCCUGCUCAUGCACGCCAUCUACUCGCGCCACCCAACCUGCCUCGAGACGCUCGAUCAUGUGGUGUCGCUCCUGCUAGACCUGGAAGGGCUGGGUGUGUGUCAGGGCUACCAGAGCCUCGACAUGGGUUCGCCCUGGGAGCCCAGAAUGUGCGUCCGAGCGGCACUGUGCGAUUUGCUCAUUUCCAAGGACGAAGAACAUUGUGUGAAAUGCUCGCAGCCUGUGGAGGGCUGAAUCAUCUUCCACGAGUAUUUACUGUAGUUUUUGGAAAAAUCCUCCACCAGUUUUUAAGCUUAGAGUGCAGUUAGAGCCGUCUCCAACUUACGGGGCCCCACAAAUGACAUAAAUCAUGGUCACUUUGAAAUAAUACUUUGGAUUGGGGAAAUGAAUUGUUACAGUUCAGCCACGAUUUAGUAAAUUGAGGAACGAAUUAUACCGUGUGCACGAUUUUCUUAAAACAAGGGAACGAAUUAGUAAAAAGUCGUGGGAGCAAACUGUUAAUUCAUUGCCACGAUAUACAUUUUUUCCCCAGCAUGUCAUGUGCAGGGCUCCGUACCAACCUCACAUUAUAAUCUACAUCCAAAAUGGUGCUUCUUUGUUUGUUGUUUUAUUUUCAGAAAUGUGGAGGUUAGUGAUGCGGACUCCCGAAAAACAUUGAGUUUUGCCAAAAUCCUUUCUUUCCGUCACUUCAACUCUCAUUUAAACUACCUCUCGAUCAUUUUAUGGACCAAUUUCAACCUUGAACUUCCCAGGUGCCCUUAUUCAGGCUGAGUUAUUGAUUCAGAGCUGUUUGGUGAACAUGUUUAUUGUUGUACAAUGAAAAUAGUAUUAUUAACUGCCUUUGUUGUGGUAAAUUUUGGGGUUGUAUGUUCAAACCUAAACUCUUUAAAGACAAUUUUAAAAUCCAAAAUCGCUCAACCUUUAGAAAUAGGCUACUUUUUAUCGAUGGCAAGCUUACAAUGUAUUUAAUUUGUACCCCAAAGCAAGCAUACGAUCGGUCAUAAUGUGUUUUCACGUCUUCUUUUUUUAAAGCAGAAAUCUUGUUUGAGCGUUUUAUGCAAAGAAAGAUGCGCUCUGGUCUUUUUUUGUCCUGUUGUUAAUCACACCUGCUUUCAUGUGACUGAAUUGUGUUACGCAUGAUAAAGUGCAACUAAUGGCAUCUGUGUGCUGUUGUGUGUAUUAAUCCCAGCCUAGUGUAGACCUCCGACCGGAGAAGGCCUGGUGAACGCCAUGUUUUAUUACACUGAUUGGCCUUCCUACGGUUUAUGCAUAUUUAAAAUCUCCCUAAGCGACGUUAAAUCAAUGCAGACAAAAUCACACCCUUGUUUUUAUUUUAGAGCAACGUUUUGUGUUUUUCAUUCCUGAGUGAUUUAAUUAAAAUAUCGGCAGCAUAAUCAAAUUUGUUAACCUGUUCCCCUGGAGAUGUGUACAAAAUGAGCUGUAAAACACUUGAUUGUCUGAAAUUAUUUAUAAAAAGAGGAUGUACGCUAGAGGUGUUUGUGAGGACAUCUCUGUAUUGUAAAUCUUGCCCUUUUGAUCUGUUCAACCACUGAGUUAAGUUUUUGAAACACUGUAAAGUAAGAUUUUUAUGAAGGGUGGGUAAAAAAUAAAGUUUUUUUCUUUCUUACA